CGCAGACGUCGUGUGGCUGCGCCCACGGGUGCGUUCUAGUCCGCGCUCGCACUCGAUGUUUCUCGAACGCAAAGCUGGUAUUCCUGACGUGGCAGCUUCGGCAACCUGGCCGUGUACCUCGAUAUCCGGCAAGAUUGCCGUGCCGGAUAAUCGACCGCAGAGCAACCCGACGACGAUGGCUGUCCUCGUGGUGGUCCUGCUAUGGCUGCUGACCGCUUGGGCGCGAUGCACCGACGCUCACUCCCAGUGCCAUAGUGACGACGAGUGCUGCAGUCCGCUCGCUGAGACUGCGGGCGUUAUUUGCUGCGGUUCUGCCUCGCAUGGCCUCGAUGUUGUGGCGUGUAUUGCCGGCCAGUGCUACCGCGGUGCACAGGCCUGCUGGAGCUAUCGUGACCAGCCGCUUUGUAAUGUGUUCGAUGCCGCCUCAAGUACCGAUACGCCCUGGGGCGCAUGCCAAGAGCGUACGCGCCAGCGCUUGUAUGCGAGCGUGUAUGACUCGACAUCGCCAGCGCACAUUGCUGCGCUCGAAGGCCGAACGGAGUCACUCGAGCUGCUAUUAGAGGAAGGCACCGACGUCAAUAGACAGCUGCCGGACGGUCGCGCGCUGCUUCACGUGGCCGCGCUCAGUACGGACGGCGAAGAGAUCGUGUCGUUUCUCAUCGCCAACAACGCCGACUGGCGGCUCGUCAACGCCUCGGGUGCGACGCCGCUGCACCACUAUGCCACAUUUGGCCGGCACCACGGCGCGGCACUGCUCUUGGCCAGCGGCGCCGACCCCAACGCGCGGUCCUUACCUGACGGCAACACGCCAUUACACAACGCGGCGCUCGGGCAGCACGUGCACACGGCGCAGCUACUUCUCGGCUUUGGUGCAGACCCUUGUGUGCGCAACGCCCGAGGGCUCACCCCGUUCGAGCUUGGUCUCUUCAGCUUGGCCCAGCCGCCAACCCACAUGACUAUGUAGUGCCAUAACGAAACUCUGUGCGGGAUUGCAUCGAAGUGACGAGAUGGCGACAGUCUGUGAUGCAGAAACCAUAGCUUUUUAGAACGGCGUGUGCCUUCCUUGCAUUCGCCCUAAGCCACCGCACAAUGCCAACAUCCAGCUCUAGACAUGAGCUCUAGAGUCAUUGC